UAACAAUUGCCUUGCCUAGUUUAUUGUACAUAAAACUAUAAGAAGCAGGCUUGUUCCGAUGUGGUGAGACUGAGUUUCAAUAGAGACCCGAGAGAACAAAUGGCGAAAUUUAACAACAUACCUAGAGUACAGUAGGAAGAAGGGCUGUUAGGGUGUGGUGAAAAAGCCAGGAAAGAUGCCGACUGGUGAUAAAAGAACGAACGACGAUAACAUUUACAUGACGAUUGGCAAAAUGCUUAGCAUUGAAGAUGUUGAAAUGCCUAAGGAUCGCAAGCUAAGACAAAGGUCAAUCCGUGUCAUCUACUUGAUUUCCUUCUUUGGUGCAAUAGCGUGUACAAUGACAAUGCCAUCACUCUGGCCCUAUAUGAAAAAGCUUGAUCCACUGGCAAAACCAUGGCAUCUUGGCAUCGCUAAUGGUUGCUAUCCUCUCGGGAAACUGAUUGGCGGGAUUUCUUUUACUGCAUGGCAUAACAUUCACGGUGUCCGCGUGCCUUUACUGGCAUGCAUCAUUGUUGACUUUUUUGCAUUCUUUCUGCAUGCUCUUGCAGCAGCAUUUCCUGGAAGCAACGGACUAAUCAUGGUGAUAGUGGCAAGGUUAUUUAAUGGUUUCGCAAAUGGUCAAGAGGUUGUUUGUCGUACUGUCUUAGAAAAAUCAACCGAACUUAAGAAGAAAACGAUGCAAUUUUCCAUCCUUUUCACAUCUUACUCUCUGGGAUAUGCAGCUGGCCCAGGGCUUUCAGCUUUUCUGGCAAUUAUUCUUAAAAAUGAAUAUCGUCAUUCGUUCAUAAUUUUUGACGCCUUCAAUGCUCCUGGAUGGCUCGGAAUGUUUAUGCAAAUUAUCAGUUUCAUUUCUGUUUUGAUCUGGCUCAAAGAGUACAACAUGAACAGUGACAAAGAAAGGAAAACAGAGAAUUUGCCAAAACCGGACACUUUUGCUCUGAUUUUGAUCUCAGUUUCCUAUUGCAUCCUUUAUGCAGUAUUUUCAGCAAUUGAAACGCUUACAGCUCCACUUAUGGCAGAUGAGUUAGCAAUGACAAAACGAGCAGCAGUUUUCAAUGCUGGCAUCCUGUUGUCUUUCCUUGGACCAAUUGCAGUUUUAUCACUUGCUUUUGUCAAGUGCACGUCCAAAAGAAUGAGCGAAAGGCAAGUAAUUUUGGGCGGAUUUACAAUUGCAUUAAUAGGCUUUGUCAUGUUUUUACCCUGGGGAAACACAUAUCCAACUCUUCAAACAAUAGAGGUUAUCAAAGUUGGGAAUGUAACCCAUACUAUAUGGAAGGAAGGUUGUCCAGCUAAGUACCAGUGGUGCAAGAAUACACCUAAAAUGCACCUUGAACAAAUAAUAAUUGCAGAGUUGAUGGUUUUUAUUGGCUUCACGCUGCCCUAUUUAGUUACAAAUGGACUUUAUUCAAAAGUUGUUGGUCCAAGAAAGCAGGGCUUUUAUCUGGCUGCUCUGUCUGGAAGUUCGUGUAUUGCAGCGAUCAUAGCUCCAUUGCUACUGGCGUAUCUUUACGAACAUCUUGGACCACGAUAUGUGUUCGUUAUGAUAGCUUCUGUUUUAUCAUUUCUUAUUUUAGUUUUCACUUACUUUUAUAGCAGACUAAUACCUUUUGAGGAGUACAUUGAAAAAAUUAGAAUACUGAGAUAAAAGUUAUUUUGCACUUUCCUAUAUAUUAUCGAAGGUCAGCGUAGCUGGUGAAAAAAGCUUCCCAUGUAGAAACUUAUGAAGCUUUAUCAUCGUUUUGAAUUAUUAAUAAUUCAAAUUAUGAAUAAUCGUUAUUGAAUUAUUUGGUUCCUGUAAGCAAUAAGAUGUGUCUUCUUUGAAAAACUUGCAAAUUUUAUUUUCCCAGUAGUAAGGGGAGCUGGUGUAAAAAAUCACAAAUCUUGUGCUAUUAGGGGUGAAAUGCUGAAACUUUGCAUAAAGAAAGUUUAUGUAACAAAGAAGAACUUUGCCUUGGACCCACCCAAAAAUCACGUACUUGUAUAUUUGACGGACCAGAAUGCCACUCUCACAGAAAAAAAUCGUUUUUGUCAAAAGACAUUUUUCAAGAAAACAUACCAUGUUCAAGUACCUUGUUGAAUACAAUAAACAUUCUAAAGCUAAUUAAAAGCCAAGUUAUUUUAAUAUUUACCUCCUGGCCUUGUACAAUAUAGAGUUUCAAGUAAUUUUUUUGACAACUAUCCUACCAUCCUACUUGAAAUCAAAAUGAAAUCUGUAACAUGCAGCGAACACGUUCAGUUUUUAUUUCCAAUUGGAUUGGUAGCCAGGGGUAGCUAGAAGCUGAUGAUCCCUGGUAUGAAAUUUGUAGGAAUCUUGGGAAAUUUGCUUGUAAAUUUCUAAAGGCUGCUUUUCACGAGGCGAAUGAAUUUUGCAUCGAAUUCGCUGCUAAUGAUACAAGGAAACAUGCACAUGUUGAAAUACAAAGUUUACACUAAUUAAUUGGGGCCUCAAAUGAGGCCCCUGAAACAGAUAAGGCAUCCCAAUUCCCCCCCCCCCUUU